CCUCGGUCACAGAACAUGCUUGCUGGCACUGGGUGAGUUCACCCACACAUCUUUAGAGGAGGCAGACAGCCAAGGAGCCAGGAGGGGAGUAAUAAGUGAACUGGAAAUGAUCAAGUGAUUAUUGCAAGGCUGUAAUUUGAAACCAUCAAAGCUAAUAGAAAACUUCGUACCCAGCAAAUACUACUACCAUGCCAUUACAAUCAGAAUAAUCAGCCUUUGUUUUAUUUAAGAAUAUGUAAGUAAUAGAACAAUAUAUUUGUUUCUGUUUACCUGUCUCCCUGUUGAAUGGUUUGCUUGAAUUCCACAUGGAACCUCCCCACCUGUACACCAGGACCAGGCAUUUCUUUCUCCCAGCUGAGAGUUAGGGAAGAAGAAUUCCUGUGUUCCUGUGGGGUUGUGAUGGAGUGCAUGUAGGAACAGACAGGGAGGUCUUUUGUCAAUGUUAAGGUGCCAGUGUAUGUUUUCUGUUUGUGAUAGUCUGACCAUAUUUCCUUGAGAUAAAAACGGGACAUUGGGAUGGCAAAAUAGGGCAGGCCUGGGUGACAGGCUGGAUCGGCAGACAGGAACUUCUUCCGUUUUCUCGGGCUGGGAAUCUUCAGAUUCCUUCAUUUGCAAGAGGCAAGGCUGGACUGGAGUAGUAAUAGUACAUACUUUUACCUAGUGUGGCUUAUCAGUACUUUUAAUCAGUGACAUCAUCAGUGAUGUUAUCAAAGUAAGCAAACCCACGUGGUGCUUAUGUCACCAGGUCAUGACCCUAAGCGGAAGUGACGUGCCCAGCCCCCAACCUCCCAGAUAUGACGUGCAUAGCCCUCCUCCCCGGAUGUGAUAUGCAUAAUCCUCCCCUCACAUGGUGCAGGACUUGCAAGGUCAUAACCCUAGCCGGAUAUGACGCACGGGACCUAACCCCACCAAGAAAAGCGCGAGGUCGUAACCCUAAGGCCCUGGGCACGUGAUUAGAUUAACCCCUAGCCUAAUUCUAUGGGCGUUCAAAGCCAAAACAGCUAAGUAAAGUGAACAGAGGCCUAGGCAGCCCUGUAUUUUUGGGAAACAAACCCUUACUUUGUGCCCUGUGCCCUGUGAACCAAAAAAUAAUAGCCUAACAAUGCUUUUAAUUUUUCUGUAGUGCUAAAAAUCAGUGCCUCGAAUACUGGAAAAUGAUCCCCUAAAAGGCAGCCCCGGCCUGCGUUUGACCCCUUUUUUUAAAAUCACUUCCUCGAAAGCAGGAAAGAAAGCCCUUUUAAAACCACAGCCAGCUUUUACCUUUGUAAAAAGUCUAAAGGCGCAUAUUUUGCCAAUUGUAUCCUCAAAUCCGCAUGUACACGUAAGUGUUUGAAGCACGGCCUUAAUAAAAUUUAUUCCGCCCCUACGGCAAAAGACAAGGAAUAUUAACGGGAAUUAAAAUAAUCACAGGCAACAAUCAACCAGGCAGCAAGCAUCCGGUCAUGAUACUUAUUAUGGGUACAUGUCAGGACUGCGAUUCCAGGCAUGCGUGUUUGUGUCUGCUAGUAAAAAAAGAGAUUAGGUCUUGUUCAGGACAUGCCCAGGCAUGUCAGCCCCCCCGCGAUUCUGGGCAUGCAACAGGACAUGCACAAGCCUUGUUGACAUGUCUUUGCAGGGGCAGGGGAGUUUGUGCAGACAGGCCUGAACAGCUACUGGUUUAAAUCCAGCAGUCUUUUGAAAAAUAAAAGACAUGUAUUUUGAAGAUGGCAAAUGCUGAUGGAGAUUUGUUUGAUGUAAAUUUGGACCCCAAACCUCCCAAGCGUGGGCAUAGAAUAAGAAAAGGACCUGUGUUAUAUGCCCUCCUUGAGGAGAAUGAACUUAUAAAGCUUUGUAAUUGCAGGUUCUGCAAAACAACAAAUGGUAAGUAAAUAUAAAAAUUAAGAAAAAAGUAUUUUGAUUAGUUGAAACAGCUAGCCUAAUUCUACCUUAUUUCCUGUUUUAGAAAUGGCAGAGUCUCAAAAUGUUAGCAUGCCUCAGAUUCUGAAAGUGUGUAUCAUUAAAAUAUUACAUCAUUGUUUAAUGGCGUGUCUACAAUCAGAUGAAGACCAUGUGGAUGGAACCAAUGAAACAGAACUUAUUGACAGUUUAUGCUUUCGACUUUCUAUUCCUCACGUUCUGUGGAUCAUCAUCACUAUUUCUGACAAAGUGGAUAAAUUAUAUUUUACCCGGGACACCCUUGGCGAGCUCAAGACAUUCAUACAAUGUAUCGGGAAGAACAGUAAACCGCUUUCAUUAAUGUCUGAAGAGUAUGAAUUGUCAGAUUCAGAAUGCCUGAGGGCAUAUGAAGAAUGCGAGGAAGACUGGCUCUUUGCAUCCUUUACGAAGUCUACAGAUUCACAAGGGGUUCAGGACAUUAUGGAGCCUCAGCCUUCCACAAGCCACACACCAUGAAUGCUGUUAGGAGAACCGUCCUGCAAAAAAGCAAAAAUGCGUGGAGGUGGACUUCCUACAGACUCCCCAGAUAGCGUUACCAGUACAGAUUGGUCCAUGUCAGAAUCUCAGCCAGCAUCUUGGAUAAAUUCAAUAAAUACACAGAGCCCAGAGGUCGUCUACCUGGCGAGGAUACAAACAUGGCAGAGACCAAUCCGCAAUUACAACGCAAUGGAGCUCUAUCAGCGUUACCCAUUUAUAAAUCUAGACAGAAUUUUCUCAUUCAGCCAUGCUAUAGAUAUUAUUCAUAACGAGAUACAAAAGCUGUUGAAUAAUGUCUCCAGGGAAAUAGGUCCAAAUGAUUUUGUUCAGCUCCAGUUGGAUGCGGAGGGCCUAAAUAAACCCUCUCUUUUCUGUUAGGAGACAUACAGAUGAUUUAAAUGCUGAUGAGUUCCUGAGCCAUGUUGAAAGCUUGCUACAGAGCAAUGUUGAAGUGUUGUGGGGUGGCAAUUUACAACUGGUGGGUCACCAUUGUGAAUAACAGUCAGGGGGGUGGACUUAGAAAGUUAAGCACGGUGUUAUUCACCAGGGUCCUGGAGAAAAAAAGACGACAUCUGGUUGAUUUCAAUGUGGAAGGGUUAUUUCUAUGUUUUGCCGGGUGUCUGUUGUGUUUGUUAGACAACAGGGCAUUUACAAAGCAAGAAAUUAUUGCCAAGGCCAUGGAUCUCCACAGCAGGCUGGGUAUUUCCGCAGAAAAAAGGAUUACCCUUUCACAGGUACACCUCUUUGAAGAGCAUUUAGGGGUCACUAUAAAGGUUUUGUUUUAUAUGCAGGGUGGGUGGAGAUUUUUUGUCACAGGUAGACCGCAGCAAGAAAAAUUGGUGUUUAUAUUAUUACAUGACAAGCAUUACUAUGGCAUCAAAAAUAUCAAGGGCUUUCUGGGUGAACGCUAUUUCUGCAAAUUAUGCCACGCACCCUAUCACCACAAAUUUAACCACAAUUGCCAAUACCUCUGCCGAGCUUGCCUGAAGCAAGAGUACCAGGAGGUGUCAGUGGAGAAGGCAAGAUGCAGUAAGUGCAAAAUGUUUUGCCGCUCUAAGGCCUGUCUUGAAAGGCACACACAAUGGCUAUGGAAGGAAAAGUUGACUGUAAGAAUAAAGUAUAUUGUGAAACUUGCAGGAUUUAUGUUGUUACUCCCCACAAAAAAUGCAAGAAAGCCACGUGUGGGCAAUGCUCUGAGAAGGUAGAAAGUCUGGAAGGACAUUUAUGUUUUUUGAAACCGUCGGCCUGCCCGAAAAUUGGUGAAAGAUACAUCAUUUAUGAUUUUGAAUGCUGCCCAGAGAUGGGGGUGCAUAUACCAAAUUAUGUGUAUGCCAUGGAUAUGCUGAAGGAUGGCAAUGAUAAAGAUAUAGUAAGUUGGGACUGUUAUGGUGUUAGGUGCCUGGAGCAAUUUGUGAAGAAAUUUAUGAAUCGUAAGUUUAAAGGAUGUACUUUUAUCGCUCACAAUGCUAAAGGUUAUGAUGGGCACCUGGUGCUGAUGCAGUUGAUCCUUGAAAAGGUUAAGGUUGAACUGAUAAGUCAGGGGGGCAAGCUGCUGUGUAACAACCUCCCGGCUUAUAAGAUUCAGUUUAUUGACAGCCUCUCCUUUUUGCCCCUUAAACUAAGCAAACUACCCAAAGCCAUGGGGUUUCAAGGCAGCAAGGGGUAUUUCCCCCAUUUGUUCAAUACUGUCAUGCGCUGCCUGCCUCUGAAUAAUACUCAGACACUGGUUCGUGGAUCAGGCUCUGAUUUAUUCACAGCGCAGUUACAGCGUUGGAAGAAAAAAGCUGAGAGUGACAGGAGCGCGCCGGUGCGGGGUUUAAAUACCCCGCGCCGGUCAGCGCCCCCUCACUCGCGGUCACGUCACCCCCCUUUGUCCAAUACGUUGCCCUGCCGGUGGGUGAGGGGUUCCGGGAUCGCCCAUCAUCAGGUUUUCUAUUCCUCUGCUGAUUGCUGUCAGCUGGGCGAUCUCCGUUGUAUUGGCGCUGAUGGCUUGGGUGUGCUCCGUGAUCCGUUUAGUUAUUGUUUGUUGGCCGUUAGUCGUUGUGGGUUGAUGGCUACUUAUCUUGCACCCCUUCACCUAUUUCCUUGCUAUUGUCAUGUGUGCCAUUGCGCUGAUGACUUCAGCUCAACGGCACUCAUGACAAAUACAAUGGCCAAUCAAGACUACGUGGGGCCGCUCCCUGAUGUCAAGUAUUACAGCCCAGUGAAAGAGAAGAAUCCCUGAAAUGGCAGGCUGCUAAUACAGGUACUGUGUUCAAACUAAAGAAAGCUCUGGCUUACUACUGUAGACAAGACGUGGAGAUACUGAGGGAGGCCUGCAUUCGAUUUAGGGAGCAGGUGAUGGAAAUGACAGAACAUGAGUGUCUCAGAGAUGCCAGGGGGGAUACUGUUGAGGAAAUAGAGGUUCAUUGCAUUGACCCCUUCCAGUAUAUUACAUUGGCAUCUGUCUGCAUGGCCCAGGACCUGUUCAUGUAUUUGAAGAGCAAUGCCAUUGCUCUAGCUCCUCUGGACUCUUACCACGGGACACAGAAAAGGUAUUCGGCUCCAGCCAUUCAGUGGCUGUUGCAUACAGCACACGCUGAGAAUCUCAACAUAUAGCAUGCUCUGAAUGGGGGUGAAAAGCAAGUAGGCAAAUAUUUUUGGAUGGAUUUGCUAUCAUAGACGGGAGUCCUACUGCUUUUGAAUUUCACAGUUGUUUUUUUCAUGGGUGCCCUGUCUGCUACGCUGAAAAAGACUUCAGCAAAUUACUCGAUUCAACAUAUGGCGGCCUGCACAACCAUACUAAGAUUAAAGAAGAGUACCUCAGGGACCAGGGUUAUGCUGUGCGCAGCAUCUGGGAACAUGAAUGGAGGGCCAUGGUGGAGGCUGACACCUCUUUGAAGCAGUUUCUAGUUGAGAAUAAGCUCCCAACUCCUUUGAAUCCAUGAGAUGCUUUUUUUGGUGGUAGAACAAAUGCUACAUGCCCGUAUUACAAACCAAAACCUGGGGAGCAAAUCUUAUAUUACCAUUUCACCAGUUUGUACCCUUUUGUGAACAAGACCAAGGAAUACCCAACUGGCAAUCCUCAAGUCCUCUAUCGAAACUUUGGGGCCAUAAAGCAGUAUUUUGGGAUAGCCAGAGUCAAAGUGUACCCUCCAAGGAACCUUUAUCUCCCAGUCCUGCCCCACAAAUCGGGGGGAAAAUUAAUGUUUAGUUUGUGUGCAGCCUGCACAGAAAAGCAGCAAACCACCCCCUGUAAACACAGUGAUGAGGAAAGAGCUCUGACCGGGAGAUGGUGCACUGUUGAAAUGAAUGUAGCUUUAGAAGAGGGUUACAGAAUUGUUGAAAUCUAUGAGAUCUGGCAUUUUGAAAGAAAAUCAGACGCACUAUUUUCAGGUUAUAUGAAUGCCCAUCUCAGACAGAAACAGGAAGCCAGUGACUGGUGCAAAACAGAACAGGAUAAAGAUCAAUAUAUUCAGGAUUAUGAAAAGAUGGAAGGUGUCCACUUACAACGUGAGCACAUUGAAGCAAAUCCUGCUAAAAGGCAGAUUGCCAAACUCUUUUUAAACCCACUGUGGGGCAAGUUUGGUCAGAGCACCAACCACAUGACAACCUCUGUGGUGACAAAUCCUCAGGAUUUAUUCAAAUAUCUUUUUGUGCCCUAUUAUAAUGUUACCUCAUGUGAGUUUGUGGAUACAGAAAUAGCCAUUGUGACAUGGAAAAUAGCCAAGAACCACCCCGCCAAAUCAACAUGCACAAAUGUAUUCAUUGCCAGUUUUACAACAGCUUAUGCACAGUUGGAAUUAUACAAGCUACUGGACAGGUUGGGCGAUAGGUGCCUGUACCAUGACACUGAUUCAGUCAUUUUUAUAAGUAGAGAGGGGGCGUGGACACCUCCUUUGGGUGAUUAUUUAGGGCGGCUGACAAGUGAGAUCCUGCCAAACACCAUGAUCACAGAAUUGGUGGUGGCCGGGCCCAAAACGUAUGCUUAUGCUUUGUCCAGUGGUGAAGUGGUGCUAAAGGUGAAGGGAAUUACGCUAAACUUUGCUAAUUGUGAUAAGGUUAAUUUUGACAGCUUGAAAGAUUUGGUAGAUGAUUAUUGUCAUGUUCGCCGUUUCAAUGUCUUUGAUACAUUGUAACGUUUCGCAUGUCAUUAGCUGGAUAUGUGUUUCAUCUUUCACGGGAGGAUGGGAGUAGUUAUCUCUUGGCUGUGCUUUGGAAUGUGUUUGCUUUAUCUGCUAUGUUCAAGGUUACUUUCCCAGGCUAGCAGGUCUGACGAUUGCUAGCACCUGGGAUGGGCGGGGCUGUUGCCAGGGAGGCGGGAUACGUUCGCACCGAGGGUUUUAAGUUUGUAUUUGGCGCGCUUUUGCUCAUUCUCAGCUUUCUCUGUA